GCUUUAAAGAAAUGGAUAACCCAUCGAGAUUGUGUCUCCUUCUCUGCAUCUCCCUGACCAUGGCAUCUCUCUGCGUUGCAGCUUCAUCCACAAAGAUCGCAACGGUGGAGAACAAAUGCUCGUUCACCGUAUGGCCGGGGAUAGCUUCAUAUGACAAAAAAUUAUUUCCGGAACCUGCGGAAUUUAAGCCGGUGUUAAAUUCGGGCGAGUUAUAUUCCAUCCCCUUCGCUGCGGAAUGGGCGGGAAUCAUAUGGGGAAGGACCGGAUGUUCCUUCAAUUCAUCAGAGCUAGGAUCUUGUCUUUCCGGUGACUGCGCAGGAUAUCUACGGUGUGAAAAAGUUAACUGGACGCAAAGUGGAGUUAAUUAUGACCUCCCAAUUUCAACGCCAAUUACAGAGGUGGAGUUAGGGUCCGACACGUCCGCAGUGAAUUUGGAGCGUGGUUAUAACCUCCCAAUUUCAAUUAAGAGCUGUGGAUCGCAGGGAUGCAGUGCACAUGUUGCUGACGUUUGCCCUACAAAUUUACAGAGGAAGGUCAAUAAUGAGGUGGUCGCGUGUAAAGGUGAGUGCAGUUUCUAUACUAAGCAAUGCUCGUCGGAUUUUGAUCCCGCUUUCAGGAAAGGCUGCGCAAAUGUUAUUCCUUUCCAAGAUUAUCUUAGGUGCUCGCUUGACACUAAUUUCACCAUUACUUUCUGUCCCCCACAGUUGCCCUAAUUCCUUGCU